AUUCUGAGCAAAACGUCGAACACUAACGAAUCUCAUAAAUAAAUAACAUUUGAGCACAACUCGCAUUUACAGCAGACAAAAUGGCAAACAUUGGCCGUUUUGUGGAUAGAAAUGCCGAUAUUCGGGCAGCUGGAUUGACUAUCUCGUAUGGGGACCUGGUGAGCGCCCAGGACUGCCUGUCCUUUGCACACCCUGCCGAAUUGGGCGAGCAGCUGAUGCGGCAGGAGUGCAGGCGUAGUGUGCCCAAGCCAGUUGGACCUCGUACUCCCAUUAUUCCCAGUAAUAAUAUGGACAAUAUAUUCUCCAGCGGCGAAGAAAAGUCCCACUUCCUGUCGUUCAAGCAGAUGCUCUAUGAGGAUAUUUAUUCGAGGCGGAGCAAAUUGGGACGCACAAGGCCGGCACAUUCGACGCCGGAGAGUGUGACAAAUGAUAGCCAGACCUUUGGCUGUUCAUCAACAUCUUCGGAGUCCCUCUACCCGAUUAUAUUGCCACCAAAGUCAGCCGAGCAGGUCAACCAGGAGUACAACGAGUCUCACGAUAAGCGCAUCAUUAGCCACAAUCAUUAUUUCCCCUCAGAGAAAAUCAAUCGCAACUAUACACAUCCCUUCGAUCGGAGCAACACUUUUGGGCAGUACUUGGGCGUCGAUGCGAAUGGAUCGUUGAUGAAGCGUUGCUUAAAGCUGAAUGAUGGUCCCGAAGUCAUUCUCAGCAAGCGACAUCAAGACUUUAUUGAACGCCACAGUGGAACCUUUGGCAAAAAGUUUAAAUACCUGUAUGAGGUGCCCGCAGAUAUGAGCCAUGGCGUGACAUAUCCAUUCGAGUGUGAUACCCGCAUGUUGUUUGAGAACACCUCGCCCUGCGUGAGCACCGACAAAUUGAGGGAUGCCCUGAAGUAUCUGAUCACUUGGCGUCGGGGGCUGCACCAUAAGCGAACCGAUUUCCAUAUGCAUGAUCUGACAGUACUGCUGGAGAUGAGCGACAAGCAGCACACGGGCCAGCUGCCCCUGUCCAAGAUCAUUGAUGUACUGCACCGGCUUCAAGUUAAGGUGGAUGCCCACAAGAUGCGUACCGCUUUGGCGCACUUCCCUCAGAUAAUCAUCGACGAGGGCUGUGCCACAGAGCGUGUCGACUACGAAAAGUUCUGCAGAUUGAUUGGCCAACAGGUGCCACUUCCCAUGACGGACAGCAGCUCUUCCUUUCCGGCUAAGCUGUACAGCAUGGAUACCACCUAUCGCAUGCUCUGUGCCGAUCGCCAUAAGAAGCCCGACGAAGGUAGAGUGGAAAAGAAGAGAGUCUUGACGCCGCAGGAACAAGAUUUAGAGAACAAACGGGUAAAGGAUCUUCUAGCCCCUGAGUUGGGCACUAUUUCCGGCCUGGUGGCGAGCGAUUUCAGUUGUGCUCGACCCAAGAAGCAGAUGGAGCAAAUCUUCAAGAAAAUCAUUACCAAAGAAGACUUCGAAAUGGCGUGGCAGAGUCUGAUGGCAGAGCACAAGCAUCCUGAAGGAAUGGCCUCCGUUAAUCAGUUUCAAACAGAGUUGAAAAGGAGAGAGACUAAUGCUGACAGGAACAUCUGAAUACACGAUUCAGGU